CUAGCUGCACUUUACCAUGAUCGAGCAACACGAGUUUCUCCUUGAGGCCGGCUACACUUACGACAAGAAAACCAAUCGUUACUUCAUGUCGGGGGAGCCUAGCUGGGAGUUGGAGAAUCAAAAGAUGCGUGGCCGCUGGCAAGGUGCUUUCCCAGCCUCCACCAUCGAUGAGUUCAAGCAGGAGGAAGAUCGAUGGGUGAAGGAGCAAAUGCAGAAGGCCAGCGAGCGCAAGAACCGGCAAUCGAAGGUUGAAGAAACUGCUUGAGCUGGCCAUUUACAGAACACUGACGUCCAUCUCA